UUACAUUAACAAGAGCUCUCUCUCUCUCGAGUCCGACUGAGCCAAUGGCGAACACUUUAAUGGCGACGGCACGACCACACGUUCUUCUCUCUUCCACAAGAGCGAGCCUUCGUCUCUUGUUUCGAUCUCCAAAGAGACCCUUCGCUUCGUUUUCGUCACCUCUCGUUGUGAGAAGCUUCAACUCGAGAUGCCUAACCGCCGUUUUGUCUCGUGGAGAGAAGACUGCGCCGCCGCCGCCGUCGUCGUCGAUUUACAUCAACGGAGUAUCUAGGGUUUCUUCUGGGUUUGGUAUUGUUGACAUACGAAGCCGUGAUUUCAGUACCAGAUCCUCUCAAAUCAACGACGCUGGGUCUAUUGACCUAACCCUUAUGCAAUCCAUGGAGCUAAAGAUUAAAGAACAAUUGAAUGCUGAGUCGGUUACUGUAACGGAUAUGUCUGGCGAUGGGCGUCAUGUCUGCAUCAAUGUGGUGUCAUCGGCUUUUGAGGGACAAUCUGCGGUGAACAGACAAAGGAUGGUCUACAAAGCCAUUUGGGAAGAGCUUCAGAACGUAGUUCAUGCUGUUGAUCAAAUGACAACAAAGACUCCUUCAGAAGUUUGAAAUGAAGCCUCGAAUUUUAAAUGCCUUUCAAUAUCUAUUAGUAUUUGAUUAGCAGCGGACAAUGCUGUUUGUUUUAUCAAAAAAAGCAAAGAAAUAAUUUAUUAAUUGAAAUACAUUUUUGGUUCUGUUUCUGAGUCUUUCUUGUAAGUACUUUGAUUGAUUCUCUUGCGACUGGCAACGCAUGUUAUGCAUUGGAGAUGUUGUUGUUA